AUGGCGGGGUAUUCGUUCAUUAUCGCGUUAGUGGCUGAAUUACAAUUACGCUAUACCCAGAGACGAUCAACGAUCUUCGCGACGCAACAAGGGCACCUACGUACUCAUCGUCAAGACGUCUUACACAUCGAAGCUUCAUCUCGAGCUCGAUCAUAUGAUUCCUUCCCAGGAUCGAUGCGCGUUUGUAUCAUCAUCGAGCGUCUUCUGCCCGAAGAACCCUCUUUUGGAUCGUUUGGGCUCAAGUUGAGCUUGGACGGUAUGGCCACUUGGCGUUCUGGAACACCGGAACAACCUUCUCCGCCUUCAUUAAAAUGGGCCUCUUCUCUGGUGCCUAAGGUUCUGGGGCAGAUCAAGGGAUUGUACCUGGUCGAGUUUGGGUACUUGCUUAACGUUUAUCCUGAUAACCUUUCAGAUCUAAUGCGGACGCCGUCCUUUGUACAAUCACCUGAACAUACAGCUGCCCACCUUGGAAGACAAGCCCAUGCUAUCGGGUCGUCUCCCAUGUUCGGCAUGCCCGAGAAACGUCUACGUCCAUGUGCAAUGUACUUCGUCACAAUCACAAGCACCGACGCAUACGGAACAAAUGCAGAGUUACCUACCAAGGGUAACAUAUCAUUGCAUGGCUUCGAUAAUUCCUGGGCAUCCAUCGCCGUUUGGAUGCACGAUGUCCAAGCGCAAGUAAUGGGCUACUUAUCCUAA